AUGAAGCCAAACACUGGAGCCUGUGGGAAUGGAACAUCCCGGGAGCUGGAGAGAGGACGGAAGAACAUCCUGAUCAAGCCCCUGUUGGUUGAGCCUGAAGGCAUCAAAAAGGAGGUGAUCCAAAGCUCCCUCGUCUGCACAAAAGGCAAUAUCCUGGGCACAGCCAUGCAGAACCUUCAGCAGCUUCUCCAGAUGCCCUUUGGCUGCGGGGAGCAGAACAUGGUCCUGUUUGCCCCCAACUUCUACGUCCUGGACUAUCUGAAUAAGACGGGGCAGCUGAGCGAGGAGACCAAAUCCAAGGCCACUGGAUACUUAGUCAGCGGGUACCAGAAGCAGCAGUCUUACAAACACCCAGAUGGAUCCUACAGUGUCUUUGGGAGCAGAGAUAAGGAAGGAAGGAACACAUGGUGA